AUGCAAGCAGUUACUGACAAAAUGCUGUUGAAAUUCCCAGACUUUAUGGCUCCGCCUAGUGCGAAGAAGAGCGAGCCGCGUCCUCGUGGCCUUCACCCAUCCGCGUCGUUCUCGAAGUUGGAUGAGCCAGAACGUUUGAUCAGAGCACAGAGAGCGAGUACCAUUCAUAAUGGCACACCACCAGCGGGCGGAAAUCGUAAUACAACCGCAAGGGCGAAUACGGUGUCAGAGAGCCCACCCGACCGGUUUGAAAAGAUGCACGAUGAUGACCACGAUGCUGCCGAGUCUUCAGAGAAACUGCCACCAAAUUCUGAGGAGCUUCCAAUAGAGUUGGCAAGUUUGACGGAUAGCUUCAUUGAUUCCCUUUCUGCCAAAGUUCACUCUACACCUCCAUCGGUUGACAAGCUCUCGAGCCUCUUUCAAGACUUUUACGCUGUUGCUGCCUCACACAUCAAUACCCAUAUCUCCGCCUUGUCCUCGCGUCAACAUCGAGAAAAAUCCCCGGCACCUUCGGUAUCUUCGUUGACCGGCAAGUUAAGAGCGAAAGCUGUUUCCAUCAGCAACAAGGAUCGACCCAGAAUGACCAUAGAAAGAAGAGACUCGGAACAGCAGAUGUUGACGGUGGAGGAAAUAGCGGACAGGAAGCGUGCUCGGAAGUUGCUGGAGCAAAAGCGAUUAGCGUUAGAGGAGGCCAUCGAACGCAGAGUGUGUGAGGGAAUAUAUGAUCGAAUAUUUCAGCAUCGGUCGACUCAGGAUGAAGCACAGGAUGAAAAGCUAAGAUCGAAAACCGCAGCUCUGUCUGUGGUGGGAAUUGGCCUUACCGAUCUCGGUAUCGAUCUAGGCAACUCUCCAGAGCGACCAGACUCGACGGAGGAGAAGGAAUCAGAAGUUCGAGAGUGGCUGGAGGGUGCGCGAGCGCAAUUGAUCGCAAUGAACAACGAUAAAUAUCCACUGGGGAAACUGCACCAUCUAAAGCUUGCCCAUAAGAGCAUUGUCGAUACUUUGUCACAUUUCCACCCAUCUUCAUCUGCGGAUGAGAUUAUGCCUAUGCUAAUCUAUACAUUAAUCACUUCCCGCCCGGAAGGGAUAAGCAUAAUCAGCAAUCUUUAUUUCAUACAGAGAUUCCGAAACGAAAGCAAAAUUGACGGAGAGGCCGCAUAUUGCUUGACAAACUUAGAAGCAGCACUCACUUUUCUUGAAACAGUUGAUUUGGCAAGUUUGAGGGCGGAUGAAGUACCGUCGGGACCUCCAAAAUCCAACAGUCGACCCACUACGCCACGAUUAGAAAAACCAAAUACUUUGGUGGGGCUUACACCAUCUCCAGGCGUUUCUACGGUUUCGGGGGUUAGUUCUAUCGUUGCAAGUCCUACUACUAUACCAUCACCAUCAUCUACAUCAAGUCUUCGACCAAGUAUUCAGCCACAUAACCGACGGAUCAGUGACAUGUUUCGGCCACCAGCCCAGGUCUUGGGCGAGGCUAAUGAUGCCUUCUUUAACACCGCUGACCAGAGUUUUAAGACCAUCGGAAACUCAUUGGGGGAUAGCUACAAGUUUCUUCUUGGAAAGAUCAAGGAUACUUCCACCGAUAUCGCGGUUCCUAGGACAUUAGAUGAAGCUCGAAAGCUAGUCAGCACCCCGCCACCUGAGGAUGAUGCUUCAGCUAGUGGGGCCAGCUCACUUCACAGUCCUGACACUACGCGUACUGACUCAACAACGAAGGCCGAUGAUAAAAUGCUAAGUUUGAUCGGAGGACGGAAGACGACUCGAGACAGGAGCACAGAUAGUAAUAGGAGUUCGGGUAGUAACAGAAGGCUUACUGAAGAAAGUGGUGAAAGGACAGCCACGCCCUCUCCUCUCGCUCCUGUUUCUUCAUUGACAAUGAACCCUCCUAUUGUCGAGUCGAUGAGAAACUUGGGAAAUUCACUUAAUCCUAUGAACAGGAUUGCUGGAAUGGGAAUGAUGCGUGGUUUUGGUCGUGCAAGUACGGCAACACCAGCGCCUCCCGCACCUACAUCGGACAGAUCUAUUCCGGAUGGAGGAGUCGCAGACUUGACUACUGCACAUCCGGAUCUUGCACAAGCCCUCCCACCAAAAGAGGUGGUCAAAAUUGCACCACCCAUCAAAAGAUUUAUGGAAUUACAAAAUCCCGGGGACAUGAAACUUAACGAGGUGUUAGAACUAUUGCGAGAUUAUAGACGGCUCGCAGGAGCAUUGAAGGAUAUGGGCGCCGUUUGA